AUGGCGACUCUCGGCGGUAGUCGUGGGGAUCGGCUCGGCAACUCCAAUAUGCACAAAUCUCUCGCUUCUCCAGAGAAAGUGCGCGAACUUCUCAAUGAAGGGGUGUCGUCGAUAGACGCUGCUUCUAACAGUGCACAUGGAACUUCGAAAGAUCCACUUGCAUCUUCUGAGGCAACUAACAAAGAAGCGUUUUUCUCAAGAGUGGAGUCCUACUCGUGCUUGAAAUGGGCAGGCAAGCCGCGUGUGUUGUCCCCCCUGAUGUGUGCCAGGUACGGCUGGAUCAAUGUCGCCUCCGACAUGCUCAAGUGCUCCAGCUGCCAGGCGUUCCUCUGUGCGUCACUCCAGCCCACCUUAGACUUUGAAAAAUAUGAAAGCCGCAUUGCAGAGAUAUCGCAGCAGCUUCAGACACAGCAUGAGAAGUUUUGUCCUUGGCCUGACUUUCCAUGUCCAGAGAGGUUCUGGCUUGUUCCAGCUAGUGAACCAUCAACACUACUCGCUGCCUUUUUGGAGCGCUUUCAGAGCGCCUGUCUCCUCGCACAGCAGUUGCCGGCCAUGAAACCAGAGCAGCUGAAAUCCAUGUCUCUGACAGAGGAUGUUAUUAGCGUGAUACUACAGCUGAUCGAGGAAGAACAAAAAAGAAAGGGAGGGUCUCCAUCUUCAGAGCCUUUUGGCGUCCAGGUGGCUGCCUGCAUUGUUUCUCUCUGUGGCUGGGCAGCAAGCCCAGCGCUGCAUGCCAUGCACCUUCCCAUCCUCACCUGCUCCUUCUGCAUGCGCAAAGUGGGCUUGUGGAAUUUCCACCAGAUGGAGGGAAUGUGCGGCGACGGCGACAACUCGCCGAGCCCCGCCGGUGCCUCGGCGCAGCCCACAGGUCCCGCCGCCGCCGCCGCCGCCCCCCACGAGGGUCAGGGAGACCGCUCCACGUCCGCCUCGCCCACCCCUGCUCCCACCACACCGUGUCGCAUGAAGCUCCGGAGCCAGGACUCCACGCGCUCCGACCAGGGUGAGGGCACCUCCUCCCCUGCAGCGCUGCGGGCCCGGAGCAGAGACUCACCCAGCCCCAGCGAGGAGCUGCCCAGCCCGUUGACCAGAGGAAAGAGGCCUGCUACCCGCAGCAGAGGACAUGGAGACGGCGACAGCGCUGCGAACACCCCGAAACGCAUGUGCCUCUCAUCGCUUGGUGGUCCUGAUGGGCCCAUUCACAAGAGUGCUUUUGACCCCCUGGCCCAGCACAGGGACUGGUGCCCCUGGGUGUCUGUCGGAAAGGAGAACGUGGAUCCGGGGGUUGUCAUCCCCUUUUUGGAUGGAGGCUCCGGUUUGGAUGAGCAGGGCUGGAAAGCAGCACUCGACCUCCUCAUGCCCGCUAAGAAGAACUCCACUACAAGCAGCCCGGCACAGGGCCCUCGUGACAAGUCUAAACGAGUGUUUGCCAUUUUCCGCCAGUGGCAGGUCUCCUCCUCUCCAUCUCAGUAGACUGUUGGCAAGACUCACUUUCUGGACCGACCUUUGUGGUGGUACAGAACUCAUCUUACCAGUACCGGAGUGUCACAUCAUAUCAAUGUAUGCCAUCCCCUGUAAAGUCGUGUUUACAGUCCAAGUGUUUCUAAAGCGGGGAUGAAGUUCAUCGUGUCUGUCGGCCAAUGGACGAGCGUCUUCUUUUGUGAACAGUGAAAAAUGUGAAGGAUGCCUGUGACUUUGUAAACCGUGUGGAAAAAUCGAGGUGUGGGGGUUCACAGUCUCCCCGCAUCAUUGUGUAAACAAUAAGUAGCUAUGAAGCGAUGUAAUACAUCUCAGUGUAUUAGCCGUUCGUAAACAAGACCUGAACUCCGGACCUCACAAAGUAGUCUGCGUCGGUGGGACACUAAAACCAGCACAAUGAUCUGAAUCGCUGACGAGAUAAGACGACGAGUCGUGAGAAGGGGCCCAACUGGCUCAACACUGGAAAGACCAUGUUUACCCUCGCUGUAUGGUGAGUCAUAUGCAGGACAGGUAAACAUUAACCUCAAGAAUAGCAAAAACUGUGAGGAAGCUCUUUUUGUGUGUACUGUUUUGUUUAAAAAAAAAAAAAACCCCAAGGUGGAAGAUUUUGGAUUUUAUUUCGCCAGUGCUGAAGCCCUGAGUUUUACAAGGA